UUGUUCUGCCCUAGACGCUCUAUGCGAACAGGGCCGGUCACUGGGCCUCAGUUUCCCCGCUCCCCUGACCGCCACAGGGGGAUAGGUAGGGUGUAGCGCUGGGCUCCCAAAGGGCGUGGCGAAGGGAAGCAAAUACUGGUAGACCCACGUUACAGAUGGGCAAACUGAGGCUCCUUUGGAAUUACUUUAUAACGGCCUCAGUAGGCGCAGGAGCGGCCAGCGUGGGUCAGCCCGAGGCCUGUCUGCCCCGCAGUGGCCGUGCCAAGUGCUUCAGCAGCGUUGCCCUCCGGCAGGCGCACGGGGGACGCGUUAGUGCGAGGCCGCCUCGGGGCUGUUCAGCCGGGCGACCGGCACGUGUGACCGGGGUAGCUCGCUAGCCCCUGCCCGCAGUCACUCCUGGGGGGCAGGCAAUGGGCACACGGCGCUCGCCCGGACUGGGGCGGAGCGGACACAAUGGGAACAACCUCUGCCAAGAAGGGGCCACGAGUGAGCACCGCCCAACGGGCCCCUGCAGCGCCCCGCACAGAACAACGGCCGCCCCGCCAUCCUGCCCUAGGCAGCUUUGCGCAAGUGGGAUGUGACGGGCGCUGUCUCCCGCCCUUGCGGGCUGCAGCCCCGCCGGCCGGGCCGGAAGAGACGUCAUGCAGAAGGGGAGGCGAGAGCAGAGGUAGGAGCCGGCUGUGCCAGCCCGGCCUUCCCAGGGCCUCCCUGCGGCUACGGGAGACUUCGGGGGCACAUGCUCUUCGGAGGCGGGGAAAGCGUGGAAAGGCCUUGCCAAAGGAGGAGCGGGCUGCCUUCACCUCCGCCGUGUUUGCUUUGUGUCCCCCGCCGGUCUCUGGUUGCACCCCUUGAAAGACGCAGCUUUGAAGAGGAAACAGCAUGGGAAAGAAGCGCAAAGGUUCCCUGCAGCAAGAGACUGCCAGCAAGAAAUUAAAGGGAGAGCCUGCUGCAGCAGCCACCAGGGCCCCCCAAAUUCCCAGGCAAGAACCAGAGGAUGAUUUUGAAGAGGAAAAGCCCAGUGUGAAGAAGAAGCUCUCAAAAGUUCUUGGUGGAAAUAAGAAGAAAGGAGAUUGUGACACUGAAGUUCAUAGCCUACCAGGUAGAUCUUCAAGGCAAAAAGGAGGAAAAUCAGUAGCGAAGGAGGAAAAUAACAUAACUGUAAAAAACAAAGGGGAAACGUGCCGUGCUUUACCGAGCCCCUCUCAGAAGGAGACCAUGAAGAGAAAAUCAACUAUUAAAAAAGAAAUGGAUGAAGAUGAUGAUGGAGAUGGAAGUGAGGAUGAGUGGGAGGAUGUGGAAGAACUCGAAGAUCCUGUCCUGGAUAAAUCAGGAACAGCUGCUGCCCUUCCUGCGCUAGUGUUGCCCAGCAAACCAGUUGAGAUAGAGAUUGAAACUCCAGAGCAGGCAAAGAAAAGAGAGAGAAGAGAGAAAAGGAAAGCUGAGUUUGAGACCUAUCUCCGGAGAAUGAUGAAACGCUUCAACAAGGAGGUUCAUGAAGAUACGCAUAAGGUUCACCUACUAUGUUUGCUAGCAAAUGGUUUCCAUAGGAACAGGGUCUGCAACCAGCCAGAUCUUCAGGCUAUUGGCUUUUCCAUCAUUCCCACCCACUUCACUAAAGUGCCUGCAGGUCGUAUAGACCUUCUCUACCUUUCCAACUUGGUGAAAUGGUUUGUUGCAACCUUCACUAUCAACACUGAACUCUCUGUUGAUCGAGAGAGCCUGCAGUCCACUUUAGAGAGGCGCUUCGCCAUCUAUGCUGCAAGAGAUGAUGAAGAGUUGAUCCAUAUAUUUUUACUUAUUCUACGAGCGUUACAGUUGCUCUGCCGGCUUGUGCUGUCUUUGCGACCCAUUCCCCUGAAAGAGCCAGCGGGAAAGGGCAAGAGCUCCUGCAAGAAGCACUCUGCCAAAAAACCUAAGGCUCCGUCAAGAAAAAGCUCCUGCAAAGGAGCCAAGCAACAGGAAACUCUGUCAGGGAGUGAAGGAGCUGACAAGGAACCAAACACCUCUGGGUCCAAAAGGAAAAGUAAGUCAAAGGUGAUCAAGGAUUGCCAGGAACAAAAGGAAUCCAGCGAUGAUGAAAGCAACUUGGGGGAGGGGGAAGAGGAAGGAGCACGCAGGCCCAGAAACAAAUGCCAACGAAGAGUGACCUUGAAAGUGUCUUACAAAGAGGAGAGUGGAAGUGACGAGGGCAGUGUUUCUGAGUUUGAGGCUUCGGAGGAGGAAGACAGUCAUUUCUCUGAUGAGGAUUUUGAAACUGUCUCUAAGAGGCAGAAGAGAACAUCAGAACCCCAUAAAGCAAGGGUAGUAGUUGAAAAUAGCAGGAAAGCCAGGUCUUCCGAACCAAAAGGGCCCAAGAAUUCAGGUGGAAAUGAGCAAUUGCUGGCAAAAGCAGCUUCUCCAGGCUCUUCUAAUACACCCAGGAAGAGGAACAAAAUAAUCUCUAGUGACGAUGAUGAGGAGCAGGAGGUGGUGAAAGUGACAGGCACAGAUCAGUGGUUGGAAAUCUUUGUUGAGCGGGAAGACAGGUGGGUGUGUGUGGACUGCGUUCGUGGCAUCGUUGGCCAGCCCUCUCUGUGUUUUAAAUAUGCCACCAAACCAGUUUCCUAUAUUGUGGGAAUUGACAGCAAUGGGCAUGUAAAGGACGUAACGCAAAGGUACGACCCAGCCUGGAUGACUUCGACAAGGAAAUGUCGUGUGGAUCCUCAGUGGUGGGAAGACACGCUGGAACCAUAUAGAAGCCCCUUUGUGGAAAGAGAGAAGAAGGAAGAAAGGGAGUUUCUAGUUAAGCUUCAAGACCAACCUCUGCCGACAGCCAUUGGAGAGUAUAAAAAUCACCCUCUUUAUGCAUUGAAGAGGCAUAUCCUGAAAUAUGAGGCCAUCUACCCUGAGACUGCUGCUAUCCUAGGAUACUGCAGAGGAGAGGCGGUAUAUUCCAGAGACUGUGUGCACACACUGCACUCCCGGGACACCUGGCUGAAGGAAGCUCGCGUGGUGAGGAUUGGGGAAGUGCCCUAUAAGAUGGUGAAAGGAUAUUCCAACCAGGCAAGGAAAGCACGACUGGCAGAGCCUUCGAACAGGGAGAAAGACGAUUUGGGGCUGUUUGGCCUGUGGCAGACGGAGGAGUACCAGCCUCCUGUGGCAGUGGAUGGAAGGGUUCCCCGGAAUGAAUAUGGAAACGUGUAUCUCUUCCUGCCCUGCAUGUUACCAAUAGGCUGUGUGCAGCUAAAACUUCCCAAUCUGCAUAGAGUGGCACGGAAACUGGACAUUGACUGUGUUCAAGCCAUCACUGGAUUUGAUUUUCACGGUGGCUACUCACACCCAGUUACUGAUGGCUACAUAGUCUGUGAAGAAUACAAAGAGGUGCUCGUCGCAGCCUGGGAGAAUGAACAGGCAGAGAUAGAAAAGAAGGAAAAGGAGAAAAGAGAGAAGAGAGCACUGGGUAACUGGAAAUUGCUGACAAAAGGACUUCUCAUAAGAGAGAGACUGAAGCAACGCUACUGCAGAAAGAGUGAGGCAUCCGGAUCCAUGAUUGAGAAAGGAGCUGGAUUUUCUUCUGAUGAAGAAGGGGAGCCAAGUUCAAAGACUCCAGCUGAAGAUGUGGUGGUUUCUUGGCCUCUGAAUCGGCAAGUGGAGGAACAAAGAAAAGAGAAAAAAGGCAGAAAGAGCAAGCGGGAAAAGAAGGGAGAAGUAGCACACUUGUUCCCCUUUGAGAAGUUAUGACCAGAACCCAGGCCUAAACUCUUUAUGUUCAAUUUCCUGAUGCAAGGAUGAAGGUGGUUGGUUUCUUUAAAACUAUCUUGUAAAUAAUUUCAGAGCUAGAAAAUGUUUGAUGUUUUCUACCAGUUGCCUGCUUGAUACUGAAUGAGUCAAAAUUAUAUAAAUAGAGCAAAGAGCAGAUGUGGAGGUAGAUAAAAAUACAUCACAACAGGAGCAUACCAACCAGUGUGUGCUUUCAGCUCUCUUGUAUAUAUGUAUUUCUGAUGCUCAAAGGUGGACUCUCUCCACAGUGUAAUGUCAAGCCCUUCUCUCUGAUCUAGCAUUGAGAGUUCUAUAAAGGUGAAACUGGAUUUAUUUUAUCAUUUCUUUUGGAGUCAUGGGUAACCUUUUUAUCUGUGGAGCUUUGAGGGACAGAUUUGUAGAUAUCAUAUCCUUCUCACAAGAGUAACCCAUUGCAGCUGUUCUUCCCCUUUGACAAGUAUUGUCACCCCUGCAGUACACCUAUUGCUGCAUCACUUUCACAAUCUCCUUCCCACAAGUCUUGUUUACCAACAAACAGAAGCAUGUGUAGCUGCUAUUCAGGAGUCCCUCCUGCACUCUAUUACUGGCCUAUUAUCGCUAUUGGUAGUUAACCCAUAUUGUUUCAAAUCAGCAGUGCAAUAAAUUUUUAUUCCCAUUUGUAGUCCAUCAUCACAAUGGUGGAAAUGAUUUAAAAAAAAAAAUCUUUAAAAAAUGCAACAUGACAGUGUCCCAAAUUAUCUCAAGACUUUUCUCUCUCGUGCUCUCAAAAGGAUUAUGGAGGCAGGGAAAAGAUCAAGGACUGAAAAGUAAAAUAAGUCAAAACUACACUUAAGAAAUUUCUGUCCUUUGCAAAACAUGUAAAUGUUAACGAUCUGCCAGGUUUUGAGGUGCUAUUGAUUUUUUACAUCACCGCCUUUAUCAUUUAACUAAAAUAACUUUUCACCCUUAAUGUUUAUUUACUGUCUGCAUAUGGCAUAGCUUGGACAACAAAAGCAGACCAAGAACUUUCAGUUUGGGGCAAAAUUUGCAAGAGCGCCAUUGCCAGAAGUAAAAGUCAGUGGGACUUAAGCACUUUUGAAACUGUUACCUAUUGUCUAUAGCAAGUUUCACUUUCUCUCUCUUUAGCAUAGUUCUGGGUUUGUAUUCUAAACACUGUAAAAGAAUGUUUAAAUCGAUGCAAACUGUUUAUGGGGUUUUUUUUUAAUGAAAUAGUACUUGAUCUAGACUCUAAUUAUUUUUAGAAAACCUAUAGUUGGGCCUAAACAGACCUAAAUUUCUCUUUAAGAAAACUCCUGGUUAUGGAGGGAAUGCAGUAAUGUUAAGAGCCUGCUGCUUCCUUGCCUUAUGCCAUGGGCUCAAACUCAUAACCCCAGUAGAGAGGUUAAAAAUGCAAGGAAAAAAAGCUUUAGUACUUAUGUAUAUUUAGAAAAAUAUUUUUAUACUGAAUUUUUGGAAAAAAAUAGUGUUUGCAAAGAUCAAUCCUAUGCAUGGUCCCUGCUAUUUCUAUGGGUCAUUCUUUAGUGCAUUUAUCUGUAUUCCCAAUGAACAAUUAUUAAAGGAAAAAGCAGUGACCUCA